GUCAGUGUUGAUUCGCAGUGGAGUGCAAAAGGUCGACUCGACGGUCUUCGCUUAUCAUCACCUGUUUCAUUAAUUCCUAAUACGUUAGACAGUGAUGAAUGUAUAUUAGUAAAAUGUAUAGACAAUUUGUGUUAUUGUUUUUAAUUUGUUUUACUUGUGGCCAGUGUUAUGAAGUACCGCCAGCGAAGUUGGAAGCGAUUUGGCCGAAAGGAUUAAGGGUUUCAGUGCCAGAUGAUGGCUAUUCUCUCUUCGCGUUUCACGGGAAGCUCAAUGAGGAAAUGGAAGGUCUGGAAGCAGGACACUGGUCCAGAGAUAUCACCAAAGCGAAGGGAGGCAGGUGGACUUUCAACGACAAGCAGGCCAGGCUGAAAAUUGGAGACAAAAUAUACUUUUGGACUUAUGUAUUAAAGAAUGGUCUAGGCUACAGGCAGGAUAAUGGGGAAUGGACGGUAACAGGAUAUGUUGACGACGCUGGAAAUCCUUACGAUUCCACAUCUCCAAUCGAUAGUGAAUCGCCGAGACCGCCAGUUCCAAUAGCGCCAACUUCCGCAGUAGUCACCAAUCCUCCAAUUUCUCAAAGCACCGAUUAUCCGUGUGAAAUAUCCGUAUCCAUGGUAUCCGUGCCCGGAUUUGUAUGCAAAGGGCAGCUUCUGUUUGAGGAUAACUUCAACAAGGCCAUCGAUAAAGGCAACAUUUGGACGACAGAGUACAUGUUUCCAAGUGAACCGGACUAUCCAUUCAAUGUGUAUUUGAAUGAUAACGUACAUGUAAGAGACGGCAAAUUGAUAAUAAAACCAAGUACACUCGAGUCUAAAUACGGGGAAGAUUAUGUGAGACAACAACUGGAUUUAACACAGAGAUGUACAGGUACAGUCGGUACGUCAGACUGUUCGCGUAUAGCAUCUGGCCCUAUAAUAUUGCCGCCCAUCAUCACUUCCAAGAUCAACACCAAAAAUAGGUUCAGCUUCAAAUAUGGCAGGGUCGAGGUCAGCGCCAGAAUGCCCAUUGGAGAUUGGAUCAUACCAGAAAUCUUGUUGGAGCCCCGUGACCGAGUCUACGGUAUACAUAGCUACGCAUCUGGGCUGAUGCGCAUUGCAUGCGUCAAGGGAAAUGUAGAGUACUCCAAAAUAUUAUACGGCGGUGCUAUACUGUGCGACUCUGAACCAUACAGGAACGCAAACUUGAGACAAAAAAUUGGAUUUGACCAUUGGAACAAAGAUUUUCACAAUUACACAUUAGAAUGGAGACCUGAUGGCAUAUCUCUUUUUGUUGAUGGAGAAAAGUACGGAGAAGUGACACCCUCAGCGGAUGGUUUUUACGAUGAAGCGAAGAAUAAUAACGUCCAAGCUGCAUCACAAUGGCUGAAGGGAACCUCCAUGGCUCCCCUCGAUGAUUAUUUCUACAUCUCUAUUGGACUGGACAUAGGUGGCGUCCACGAGUUCGCAGACGGUCCAACAAAACCCUGGCAGAAUGGAGCCACGAAAGCCAUGCUAAACUUUUGGAACAACCGCGACCAGUGGUUCCCAACCUGGUAUAAGGAUACCAGCUCUUUACAAGUUGAUUAUAUCAGAGUCUACGCUUUAUAGU